AGAGCCUGGGCCAGGGUGGCCCGUAAAACGACGCGCGGCCGCCGCGGCCCGCAGACGACGCGAGAUGGCCGUGCUGAGUGCGUGCCUGCUGCUGACGGUGGCCGCGCUGGCGGCGCCGGGCGUCGCCCGGCCGCUGAAGUCGGCAGCCCUCUGCCCCGGAGCCGACGGCUGCUUGGAGCGACGGCGGCGCUUCCUGCCCGACCUCAGCCUCCGCCUGGAGGACGCAGGCGCCCUGCAGGUCGACAGUGUGGAGGACGAAGACGAAGACGAAGACGAAGACGAGGGGGUGGAGCUGCGGCGGCGACGAUCGCCGAAGCGCCGGCACGGCAGGAAGGGAAGGCGCAAAAAGCAUUCGCGCGAGCGAGGACGAGGAAGCUGCGAAGACGAAGAGGACGGAGACGCGCCGUUGGACCCUGAUGAGGACUCCCCGGGCUCUCGGGGGGCCCGGGAGUCUCGGGAGUCCCGAGAGUCCCGAGAAUCCCGGCAGUCCCGGGGGUCCCGGUCCCGGAACUCCCGGUCCCGGGAGUCACGGCCCCGGAAGUCACGACCCCGGAAGCCCCAGUCCCGGGAGUCCCGGUCCCGGAAGUCCCGGGAGCGGAAGCGCGGAGGACGCUCGAAGCGGCGAAGAUGUCGCCCGAAGAAAAACAGCAGAGAGAGGGAGUCUUCUUCUACGAGCACAACUACCCCAACCACGACCACCACGCCAAGCUCAACUACUGAUCCAACCACGACCACCACGCCAAGCACAACUACUACUCCAUUCACGAUCACCACGCCAAGCACAACUACUACCCCAACCACGACCACCACGCCAAGCACAACUACUGCUCCAACCACGGCCACCACGCCAAGCACAACUACUACUCCCGCCACGACCACCACACCAACCUCAACUACUAAUCCAACCACGACCACCACGCCAAGCUCAACUACUGAUCCAACCACGGCCUCUACGCCAAGCUCAAAUGCUGAUCCAACCACGACCACCACGCCAAGUACAACUACUGCUCCAUCCAUGACCACCACGCCAAGCCCAACUACUGAUCCAACCACGACCACCACGCCAAGCUCAACUACUGAUCCAACCACGACCACCACGCCAAGCUCAACUACUGAUCCAACCACGACCACCACGCCAGGCUCAACUACUGAUCCAACCACGACCACCACGCUAAGCUCAACUACUGAUCCAACCACGACCACCACGCCAAGCUCAACUACGGAUCCAACCACGACCACCACGCCAAGCUCAACUACGGAUCCAACCACGACCACCACGCCAAGCUCAACUACUGAUCCAACCACGACCACCACGCCAAGCUCAACUACUGAUCCAACCACGACCACCACGCCAAGCUCAACUACUGAUCCAACCACGGCAAGCUCUACAACAGCACCGACUGCUUCCGCCACGACAGCAUCGACUGUUUCAAGUACAACGACGCCGUCAUCUACGACAGCGUCUUCCUCGGCACCUACAUCUCCAACGACACCGAGCACAACAUCUACUACCCCUGCCGAGCCCUAAACGCAGGCUGGUCAUUACGACCCAGCCAGGAAGAACGACAAUACGCGUUUGGUAUGCUACGUAAGUUUCUGUUUUGAUACCGUGUUUUGAUCUGUAUAGCUCGCGACUUAAGUUUUUGAUCCACCAUUACAUCGUCAUUAGGCAAGCCGAGGAACACUACCGACUCAUGAAAACGACAGUCUUAGGUCUAUUGUUGCGCAAAGUUUAUUUGACCUGCUUGUUAUCCAAACAUCGCACACUGAAUACAUAAACGGUCUCGA